UGCUCUGGCUCAGCCAGUCAGUCAGAAACUCCCCUGUUGCUCAACACGCCCAAACUUUUGCCGACUCGAGCAGCAGCAACAGGAACGCAUCUGCAACACAAACCAACAACUCUGAAUCUAUUUGUAUCGACGGGACAGAGUCCGCCUUCAACCUGUCCAUCACUGACUGACAGCACAGACUACCUGCGGGAUGCCUUUAGGAGGAGGAAACAAGUGCGGCCGCUGUCAGAAGACAGUCUACUUUGCAGAAGAGGUGCUCUGUGAUCGGCAGAGCUUCCACAAGUCCUGCUUCCUGUGCAUGGUGUGCAGGAAGAACUUGGACAGCACAACGGUCGCCGUUCGUAUGGAUGAAGUCUACUGCAAGGCGUGCUACGGCAAGAAGUACGGGCCAAAAGGUUACGGUUAUGGCCAGGGAGCCGGGACACUCAGCAUGGACAAGGGAGAGUCCCUGGGUAUCACACAUGAAGAACCGGCCCCCCAUCGUCCCACCAGCAGCAACCCAAACCCACCCAGGAUGGCUCAGAAGUUUGGAGGGUCAGACAAGUGCCCUCGAUGUGGCAAGGCUGUCUACGCCGCUGAGAAAGUGAUUGGAGCUGGGAGUGCAUGGCACAAGAUUGGAUGUUUCACGUGUGCCACAUGUAAUAAGAGCCUUGAGUCAACCACACUCGCGGAUAAGGAUGGAGAAAUCUACUGCAAAGGUUGUUAUGGCAAACAGUUUGGUCCCAAGGGAUUUGGGUAUGGACUGGGAGCGGGGGCGCUGGUGAAUACCCAGUAAACACCAGACCAAUGACGUCUUGGUUUGCCAUGUUUGCAGAAAGCUUGCGCCAGCUGUUUUCUGACUGCAGAGGGCAGACUGCAGCAAGUCGUCCUCCACCGAAAGGUUUCAUAUACACAGCAUGUCAUGUGGGUAUGCGAGAAGAAUCCACGGACGCGAUUGAUAAAGAGCUGCAUUUUAUGAUUCAACAGCGAGAAAUGUAACGCCAUCUUUGACUGAUGUAGGACAAAGACAAUUACUUACAGAAUAUCAUGAUACAUAAACCAAACUUAAUAUUAAACGUCUGUUUAAUGUUGCAUUGAGGAUUUGCACCUUUUCGGUUUUUCGGUUUUUCCUUCUUUAAAAAUGAGUUGCGAGUUUAUCAAUAAUAUUCAAGGAAAUAUUGCGUUUUUGUACUUUGCUUUCCAAACAUGAUGAUAAUAAAUGCUGAUUUUAGUGCA